CUGGCCUCUCUCCCAAUCUUUGUGGCUUCUGUUAUUUUCAGACCCCUUUCCUACCCUCUUCCUCCUCUCUCUAACAAAACUAGAGAACAGAAUACAGAAGGGGGCUGUUGCCAUUGUUAGGAGGAGGAAGUCAAAGAGGCAUUUGGUUCUCUGGAAAAGAAGAAAUAAGAGAUAAAGAAGGGAAGAAAAUGGGGUUGAGAUAUUGCUUCUUUUUGCUUCUCUUCUUCUUCCUCCUCGGUUUUGCCACUCCCUCAUAUAUUAAAUAUGAGGUGCUAGAGAAUGCGGGAAGAACAGCAGGACGUUCCCUUCUCCAGGAGAAGCAAGAUUGCCCAAUAGACAUGGAGAAUCAAAACUACACAAUCGUAACGAGCCAGUGCAAGGGGCCCAAAUACGACGGGAAGGUAUGCUGCGGAGCAUUCAAGGAGCUGGCCUGCAAAAACAGGGACGCGCUCAACGCCGAGAACAACAACUGCGCCACCGUCAUGUUCAACUACCUCCACCUCUACGGCAAGUACCCCCCUGGCCUCUUCGGCAACCUCUGCAAGGAAGACAAGAAUGGCCUCGACUGCAAGCAAGUCGACGAGAAACAGGCCGCCGCCGCCGCAGCAGCAGCAAAGAGUGGUGCUGGAAGAGGUUUUCAAUCAUCGGCGGUGUUGCUGGCCGCCGCGGCUGCUCUUAUGGCGUUAUUUUGAAUCUUCUGAAGUGAAAGGAUUCGUGUGAAUAUUAUGCUAGAAUUCAUAACUGAGUCAUUACUAUGUCAAGAAAUGUAAAAAAAUGAGAACAAAUUCUAAUCCUUUAUUUCAAAUAUUCAUUACGUACUUACGAUGAUCACUUUUCAAUUGAAGAACAUUUGGGUAGUCAUAUGCAUUGAAAUCAUUUUGAUAACCACUUC